CUGAGGGAAAAAUCCCGUUGCGAAAUCAAGCACGUAUGUUGUCAUUUUCGCAACGACCCGUUGUUAUAUUUUUCAACAACGGCUGUUGGUGAAUUGUGCACGAACGUGCUCAAAUUGACACCGAGACGUGGUCAACUUUCGGUACCAACAACAGCCGUGCUUAAUUUGUCCAUUUGUAAUAUUGGUAAUUGCAGCCGAUUACACACGAGUAAAAAAUGACAACGGUGGUGCAUGAUUCACACACGGUCGUUGUCAAUAUGACACCGGUCGUGUAUGAAUUAUGCACCACCACCUGCAUAAUGAUGCACCACCGUUGUUACUUUGUACACCGACGUGCAUGAAUCGUACACGAUCGUUGCCAUUUUAGCAACUACCGUGUAUGAAUCAUGCACCACCGUUGUCAUUUUUUUUACUCGUGUGCAAUCGGCUGCAUAUUUACCAUUUUUUCCGUGUUAUUGAAAGAGAAAGGACGCAUUGUGCAAAAAAUUUAUUGAAAAUGAAUAAUAAUUCGCAAGAUCCUCAAAAUAUCAUUGGUGAGUUGUUAGAAAUCGAUGGCAAUAUUGUUGUGGUUCGCGAUACAAACCAUUGCAGCAGUCAAGAUGCGGAAAACAAUGAGGACGAUUAUAUGUUAAGGGAGUUCUUAAAAGGAAUAAAUAUGGAGUCGCUUUUUGAACAAUUAAAAGCAUCACAUGUAACAUUUCGCAGCUUGCAGUACUUGAAAAAAGAAGAUUUAAAGGAAGCAGUGCCACCAUUGGGACUGCGUGUUGAAUUCAGAGAAAAGCUCUUUGCUUGGAAAAAACGAAAGCUCGGGAUUGAUGACGAAACUAUGUCAGUUCCAUCUAAAAUAGGUGAAUGGUGGAAACGCAACGAGACACCUGCAAGUACUCCUGGUACUCCCGACACUACAGGUUCGAACUGCUCAAAAGCCAAAGGAAUUUUGUCAGAGGAUCUAACGGAAUUGUUAACACAUACCUCGAAGGGGAAACUAGCGCUUGAAUGUAGUAGCGUUAAUAAGAAAUUAAGUGACGAGCAAAGAGAUGAUAUAAUUAAUAUAAUUAUUGAAGAUAUUUUAACCAACAAUGUUACUCUUUACACUCAAGACUAUAUGCGCAUAUUGGAUGAAAUUUGUUCCGUUUUUCCUCUUGAAAACGAAAUGAGGGAUUAUUAUUACAUUUCAAGAAAAGGAAAGAACAACGCAAGCGGAAAACUUUAUGCCAAGUAUAGAAACAAGAAGUCCAAAAGAAUAAAGCUUUUGAUUUCCGAGCCUAGCACAAGCAAAGCAGCAACUCACACAUCUCCUAAUUUUUGUAACAAAGAUGUUCCCGAAAUUGAUGAAUCAGUUGAAAAUUCAUUGAAAGCUUCCUUACUAAGAGAAUGUAAUGAUUGGGGAUCGAUCUGCGAAAAAUGGAAAAGAUCUUUUAACAUACGGCAAAGAGAUAUAAAAAAUUUAAGUAGCCAUACAUUUCUCCUUGAAUGGACGAAGUUGUCCGAUGCAAGAGCUUCAGAAUUGGUAAGUAGCCAUGAGCUAUUUAUUUGUAUAUGGAUACUAAUGUUUCGUUUUAGGUCAACAUUGAUUUCGAUAUUAUGUAUCCACAGAAAGGCAAUCUUCUACUUUCUAAAUGGGACCAAUUUAAGAAAAAAAUUUACAAUUAUUAUGGGAAAAAUAUUCAUAACGAACAUUGCAAACAACUCUUCGCAAAUGUUUUGACGGCAAGCAGCAUAGG